GGUUUAAUAUGUUGGCAAUACUGGAUAUUUGAAUGCGUUCGAACAUAAAAAUAUGGCGGCUGUAAACGCUUAGGACGAUUUCUCUUGUCGCGCCUUAACUAGUAAUUAAUAAGUUUUUCUUAAUUAUGCAGUGUAUCAUACAAGAUGGGAAUCGAAAAAUACGAAUGUGAUAUUGCUCAUGUUUUACAAAAUGGUGACUUUACUGUAUUGGAAAAAUUAUCAUCGUUUUGUUGCGAAUUUGAAAAACACGUCGUUUCGAAGAUAGAGAAUGCAACGGCUGGUAAAAAUGAAUAUUCACAAAUAAAGGAAACAAAUUUGAUCAAAAUGUCAGAGUUACAGAAACAAUUGGAAACAUUAAAGUCUGAAAUAGAUGAUAUAAUGUUGAAUCAGAAAAUUGUAGAUAAAAAGAUCAGUAAUAUGAUCAAACAAGAAGAAAUAUUACAAAAAGACAUAGCAGAAGUCAAGGCGUACAGAGACAGUUUAUCUCUGGAAUUGGUUGACUUAAAACAAGAGGUACAGGAAAGAAAAGAGAAAAAACGCAAGGAUUGGGAUGCUAUUAAGAGAGCUACAAAUAUUUACAAAUGUAAUUUGAAUUUUGGUAUCAAUAUAGAAGAUAAAGAAGAUUAUGAUGAAGUGAAGGUAUCAUUUUUUAAAAACAACGAACAUACAAAGGAUAAAUAUUAUGUGCAUUUGAUUAAAGAAGACGAAUUGUGGAAAGUCAAGGAAAUACAGCCUACGCUUAAAAAAGAACAUAUGAUCGAUUUAAAAGGCACUAUCGACUUUACUAGGCAAUCACAAGUCUCCAACAUCACUGCAUUUCUGUGUCUUUUAAGGAUUGUCUUUUUAAAGUAUUAUAUGGACGGAAGCUAGAAAUAUCAAUUGUACAUUAAAUGCUUUUAUUAUAAUACUAGUAUUAUACUAGUAAUGACAAUAAUUAAAGGAUAAGUAUACUUUUAUAGUAUGGAAGAUAGAAAUUAGAAGAGUAAAGUCUUUAUUAAUAAAAAUUAAAGUAUCUAAAACGAUUUGUUAUAUAUAUAUAUAUAUAUAUAUAUAUAUAUAUAUAUAUAUAUAUAUAUAUAUAUAUAUGUAUAUAUGUAUAUAUGUAUAUAUAUAUAUAUAGGACUUGUGACACUCCAACUGUAGACUUAUCGGUAUGUUCUUAUUAAAAUUUAAGAUUUAUAAUCGUUAUGGUAAUGUUUCUUCGUUUUUUAAUAUUUACCAUCUCGUACGAGUAUUGGUUACUCCUAGCUUUUCGUCUACUUAAAGAUAUUUAUGUUGGAAAUAAGAAACUGCAAAUCACAGUACAGAUAAAUUACUUAGAGACUAAGUUAUUAACAGGUAUCUGCUUUGUCUUUUGUAUAUUUAUAUAUGGCACCUACAUUAUAGUCAAGUUUUACAUCCGUAUUAUGGGUGCUAUACUAUUUAUUUAUACAAGUGAAUAAAGAUUCGUGCGCAAGUAGAUAAUUAGAAAAAAGAGAGAGAGAAAAAAAAAGAAUAGGUCUCUCGUCAGGAAAUAUUCUUCACGUUGAAAUAAAAUCUAUGGUAAAUUAAAAUAA